AGGCAGAUUUCUAAAUGGCCACACUAUGAGAUGUGUUUAAAUGCAUCGGUCUGAUGAAUGCUAACAGCUUUUGUAACUUACUGCCCUAACUGCUGUCCCUGAGAUAGGGGCACUCGUAGCAAGUUACAUUCACAGUGGACAAAACCCAAAUCUAGAACACAAAUUACAUCUGCAUUGAAAAUCAAUGCAAUCAUUGAGGCUACAAUUUGGUCUACUGAUCGUCAUCUGAAUACUGUUUCUGGGGGGAUAAUGGUACAUUAUUCUUCUUUUUUGACAAAUACCCUUUCACAGAUAAUUUUUGAAAUGGUAUGUGCCAUUCUUCUAAGAAGUUAUGAUGGUAUCCUGGAUAUUGUGAAAUUCUGUGCUCCUAUCAUGCCAUUAUAGUUGCCCAAGGGACGUUUCUUUAUUCUUCCUUCUGCUCUAUCUUUCUUUUUGGCUCACUUCUGUAUUCUACCAUCACAUCAGCUUCAUUUGUAUAAGCAAGAAAAUGAAAAACUCUACUGAAUUCUGAAAGAAACCUUUGUGUUUCAUGACUUUGCUUCUCUCAUUACUGCAGCUUUUUACUCAAAUGAUCUCCCCUUAACCUUCUUCUAUAUUGUACAAAGUCUCCUAUUUUUAGCCUUUUCUUUCUAAAGCCCAUCAUUGCAUGGUAUUGUUCCCAAAUUUGGCUGCCACUGCCUUUGCUAUAUGGAUGCUCCAAGCCAGUUGCCUUCUAUUCUAGUUUUGAUAGAAAGCAUGAAAUGGAGAUGUGAUUUAUCUCCUCAUCCCUGACCGGACAUUAAUGCACAUGGACUGCGUUCUUCAUUGUUCUCUCCCUCCUGGCUCAGCCACAAAUACCAUCCUUGCUCAUAUCCAGGCCUGUAGGUUGGGAAUUCUUUCAGGGUUGCUGCUCUGUCAAAUAUGUGUGGAUCAUUUCAAAAAUAUGUGCAUAUCCCUGUAUUACAGUACCUAGAGAACACAUCCCAUCACAUUACACAGCUUACCCCAAAAGAACCUGCUAUUCCACAUCCCUUACCUUGGAAUAACUACCUGCUCUUCACUGUCCACUCAGCAUGUUUUCCAACAAACAGCCUUCAUUCUUCCCAAGAUAUUACAGCAGUACGGGGCAAGUUCCUUGGAAAUAAGCUAUUUAUAAAUAAGCUAUUAUUUUGUCCUCUUUCAAGAUGACUGCAGAAUUUAGUUCUGCAGUGCAACUUGUAAUCCCUUCAGUAAGGAGCUGGUGUUGUACAACAGCCACCUAGACUGCCCAGUGUCACUCAUAAGCCCCCCAUCCCUGUACCCUCUCUGUGUCUCUCAUCUUCUACAUGGCAUCAAAGCUCUGCAAUUUGAACAGUUCUCAGAUAUCACACUGCAUGAAGUUGGUGAAGCCUGAGCACCUGAAGCCCCUGCUAACAUGGAAAUCAUGUCCUCAGCACCUGUGGAAAUCUCUACGAAGCAAACAGCUCCUCCAAAACUGAGCUCCACUUCUUUUGGCUCAUGUCUACCACUCUUCUGUAAAAGGGAUGAGAAAAUAUUUUUCUACCUACCACACAAGAACAUGUGGUUUAUUUUAUGACAGCCCUACAAGCAGUAUUUAUAAAGCAAUGAGUCACUGAGUGAUAGUACAGCAGAGCAGUUCAAAUAUUUAUUUAUAUGGUGCUAUAGCCGAACCUUUGUAUUUUUUUGUGUGGAAUCUUCACUUCUGGCUAAGCUUUGGGAUGCAUGUAAACAUGUUGAACUGAAGACCUGGCCUUGAGAUGAAUUUGAAUGAAGGUCAUGUGGUCCAGAAAAAGACUGAGCAAAUGGCACAACAGAACAUGAAAAUAAGCUGGGACUGACCAAGGAGAACAAAUCACAAAUGAACGUAACAGAAAGCAGAGCAUGAACUUAGUCUAAUCAUUUCAGGUGCAACUUUUACAUAAAUUGACAAGUCUUUCUUAUUUUUAACUACUGCUUACACAUUUUCAUAUCUGUUUAAAAAAUUGAGUAUUUUAAUGCAUUCCAGCCAGUUUUACUGAGAGAACAGUUCUACGUUCACAUAACACUGCUAAGAGUCCAUUCAAGUCCUGUACCCAUAAACUGCUUUUAGACAAAACCAAAAUAUCUUAUGGUUUAAGUUGCAGGGACUCCUACUUUGAUUUUAUUGCAUCUAAGUAAACUGGGAAUAACCCUGCUGAUGUCAUGUAAAGGAAGCAUAGGCAGAAUCAGGUGCCGUUAAGCUGUGCUUGUGCUGGGCUCUUCCUUCUGAUGGCCACAGCCUUCCCACACACAAACUCUCGGAUGUUAGAAAAUUGGUGAAUCCCAUUGAGUUCAGCAGAGAAACAGCUGAUGACAGCCAUAGCAGAGAGCCAUACAUGUGCCUGGAACAGGCAGCUCUUUGUGGAGCCUAGCAAAAUAUUUUGUCUUACGCACAUAGAUUUCUCAUUCAUCUUUUAGUCAUAAGUGCCUGCCACAGAUCAAUGUUCUUCUCAAACGAAUGGUCCUGCUUGAAGUAAAAUUCAUCCACAUCUCAAUCAGAGUACACUAAUUGGAUUUUAAAAUCUCAAAGACAGUAGAUAGGAACAAUGUUACUUUUUCCUUUGCUGGUCUACACACCAAGAAAAUACCCGGUAUUUCUGCACUUAAUGUGUGCACUGUAACAUACAAAACAAAUUUAGCACUAUAGUAGAAGUUACCAGCUGCAUUUUACCAUGGAAAUAAAAGCAUUCUUUAUGAAAAUGAAGUGUUUUAAAUAGUACCAUAACAGGUUCAUUCUGAAAGCAAUUGUGCUAUCUCAUUUGUAGUGGGCAUUUGAUCAUAACUGACUUUACUUUUUAAUACAGAGGACAUUUGCUGUGGCAUGCUUCUCGCUUUCCCUUCUGUAAGAAACAUGAACCCUCAAAACCAAUCAGGAACUGAUUUAUUGUAGAAAACAAAGCAGUGAUUUGAUAAAUACAGUGCAUCGUUAUGCUUUAAAAUAAGCAGAAAACCUGAUGGUCUUUGAAUUUCCACAUAUGUUGCAUGUGUUGAUUAACAUUUCUAAGUGAAAGGGAUUUAAACCAUUUACUGAGGAGCAGACCUAACGGGCACUUUGCAUAAACAAUUAUUUUGAUGGCAGGGAUGCAGAGUUGGACUGCAGAAGAAAAAGUACUGCUCAUCUGAUACAUGAAAUGCAUUGUCAAGAUGAUCAUAGCCAACUGCUCAAGAGUAUCUCUAUUUUUUAGGACAGAAAACUGAUUUGCUUUUGAAAUGGAAUCUUUCAGUACAUUUUACAACACGAUUAAAUUCAAGGAGUGCCAGCUGUUUGCUACACAACGUAUCAACAACAAGCCCAGGGCACAAAUAUGUUCUGCACUGUUAACAUAUCCAGUAUGAAAGGGUUUAUAUGAUGUAAUUGUCUACAAUGACAGGCACUACACGUGUUGCCCAGGAAGUCCCUCCCAGGUCCCCACAUCAUUUUUUAAUUUUCUAGUCCUUUCCAAAGGCACAGUAUUGGUCCUUACAAAAAUCCCCUUCCACAAUUAGAAGAUUCCUAUGCGUAUUCCUACCUGCUCAAAAGCCACAGUGAUUCUGGCACUUCCAUUACAGGCACUGUUUGCACAUGUAUACUUAAAUAUCCUAAUAAAGACAGUGAUUUAGAUGAUGUCCUUAAAGUUACAGUGGGAGAGGAGGAUGGCUUUUAGAGACUGAGUAUGAGGACUGUAAAUUCUGAACAGGAGAAGCUGCAAGAACAAAACUAGAAGACAAGGCCAUGUAUUUGGUCCAUCUCAAGUCUGCAUGUGUCUGUUGCAGGACGUGUGGUUUGCAACCAUGCUUAACCUGAAGCUCAUGGGUGUUUGUCAGUGAAAAUACGGAACUCUUAGAAUGCCACUAGCAAGCUUGGUGCCUCUUUGAUCCUGAGAAGAUUGUAAAAAGCUAGAAAUCCAUAAGAAGAGAAAAAAGGAAGAGAAUAAAAAGCAGUGUCUUCGUGACAUGAGCAGGGUAGGGUGCUCACUGAACUUCCUGGGAGAUGUCAGUUGAUAUUUUGCGUGUGAAUAGGGACAUCUUCCCAUUUAUUUUAUGACUCUGUAGCCCUUUUGCUUUCAUUUCUUCCAGGUAACUCUAUGAGUUUAUUCUUGGGGAGCAUCUGUAGCUGGGACAUUGAUUGGAUCUACUCUGUUUUAAAGUGGUGGAUCAGACCCAACAUUAAUUCCACCGUUAUUUUUCUAACUGACCCUUUCAGAAGAUACCUUCCCAUAUUUUUCAUACAUCUGGAACAAAUGCUCUGAUUAGCAGGUUUUGAGAAAAUAAAUAAAACUACAAGAGAAACACGUCACAUAUACAAGCAAGCAAGAGAUUUAGAACUAAUGAAUACAUUAUUUUUUAAGAGAAGAUAAGAAGAAGGAGGUAGGUAGGGCAGUAAUGAAUUUUUAGAAAACAAACAUGUUGAAUCAGAUGGCAUUUAUCUCUCUCAGAAGUCUUACUGCCUUUCUUGGCGCCUUCUUCAAAUACCCAUCUAUAUCCCUUCCAACAGCCUGAGGCACAACAUGGGACAAAGACCUCCAAAGAAAAAAACCAACAUAUAAAACAGUAUGAGUGCUGUAAUUUAGAGUAAUGAGAAGCAGUUUUUCUAGUGUGUCUUGAAACCAGUCCACACUCUGUACUGUACGCUAAAAAAGACCGUCUGAACAUCACAGAUGACAUUAAAUUGUUUAAAUAGAUAUGCAUGGACAUAGAAGGGAUGCCUUGUAACUGUUUUGGAAAUGACUAAGAAGACAUGUGGUCUUCCAGGCCUUUCUGGAAAUUGCUAAAUACCUCCUGGAAGGUAUUUUCUGAGAGCAUAAAGAUUUUUUACGGAUGCUGUGCAGCGUUCCUGUGAGCUGUGAGAUAAGUAUAUUGUGCUCUGAUCUUACACGUGUAUCUACAGAAAUACUUCAGCAGGAAUUACCCUCUUUAACUUGGCCUACAUUUUUCUUUAAGUUGACAAUAACACUGUGUGGUUCAGUGGGUGAGUUUGACCCUGAGACUUUUGUGAAGGAGGAAACCGUAUAUUAUACUCAGCAUGUAUAAGCUCUUGAUCACUGGAUUAUAUCAUGAAGUUCUUGAAGCUCCUCAUACUUGCACUGUAAUCAAUUGAGAUAUUUUAAAUUUCACAUUGAGUUUAGAAUGUUAAUUAUUUAAACAAAAGGAGUUCAUUUAUGACUUUAUCUUCGUUUCUGCCAUUGUGCAUACUGCUAAGUUUACUUGGAAGCUAGAGAGUCUGAUGCAAAUGCACAUGCACAGGCUCUAUGGUCUUCUAUUUGUUCUCUUAAAACAUAUUUAUAUAGUAACAUAUCAGCACACCAGGUCUCCAGAAUUAGUAGAGACAGAGACAGAGAUUCCAGGCAAGUAAUGGGAUAUGUCAGUUCUAGCACUCUCUUCACUGCGAUACCCCUCUGUUACACUUUGUCUGCACUCAUUUCAGUUUUAUUAGAUAUCACUACUUGGUUUCCCAACCCAAACGUACUGAAUUUAGAGAUUUGGCAAGGUGUAACUGCCAAGGUCACUUUCAGGAAGAUUUUAUUGAGUUCUCACUAAAGAUAGAACAGGGGAAAAUGGAAAAUCAGACAGUGAAGCCGUAGGUGUUUUCUGCAUAUUCCCAAGACUGUGCAUUGUUUGUUCUAGGAAGGGAAUGAAAUUAUUUCUAUUAAUCACUGGCUGUCACAGAAUUAUUUCUCAUUAAGAAAACUCAUAGGAACUUGUGUAAUCUGAAGUCAAUGCAGAAAGGUUAUUACUUUAAGUAUUACCUGUUAAAACAAAUAUAUAUCAUUUAAUAUAUUUUCUAAGGUAUGUUUAUUAUUACUGUGGACCAUGAAUAUAAGGAAAAUGGGACAGACUGUACCAGGUGUGGAUAACAAAGUGAUAUUUAUGCUUACACUGAAGCACUUCACUGUAUGCAGUGAAAGAACACUGGCACUCCAACAGUGAUAAAAAUUGAUGGAGAACUUAAAGCCCUGAGAAAGAGAAGAGACCACGUUGAGAGGUCAGGGAUGUUUGAUGCCACCCACAAAUGCAUCUAGGAACAAGCAAGAAGAUGGUAGUGAGAACAAGACAAAUGUCUGCUCAGACCUGUGUACACCAUUAGUCAAGGCACUGGUUAUGGUGGCUGGACCAAAAAAACUCAAUGACAAUAAUUUCGGAUCAGCCUGCAUUUUUUUUUUAAUUUUCUCCCCAGCAAAACAAUUUAUCAGAAUGGUUUUGCUGGGCAAAACUGAACUCCUUACAGAGUUGGGGUUGAUCAGAAACAAAAAAUUUGAAUGUAUUUUACUCAGUGCCUCUUCGUUUAGUUAAAUUUGAAGUGAAACCCUCAUGGCUUUGUUCUGAAAAUGCUGUCAUGAAAUGCUUAGUCUUUCCCAAAUAUAUGUGCUUACUGGAUAAUUUUUCUGAAGCCACUUAUUAAAUGUGACCCAAUUUCAUAAAUACUUCUCACUAUGUGUUGUUUUGAACGGGUUAAUCACAUUCUCCAUUGCCAGUAUUUUGUUUCCAGAAACAAAGACUACUAAUGUUUUUCCUCCUUUCAUUCUCUUAAUUGAAAUUCAUAAUGCCUCAUCACCAAAAUAGUUCAGUGCUUUCCAAAAUAAAGAACGCUUUCCAAGGAACCUCCUCCCUUCACUUUCCCUCCUUGUAUCAGCACAGCAAUGUGCAAAUGAGUAAAGGGUUCGGAUUAGCUUACCUGUACGUCCAUGAGGGAAAAGAGGUGGAGAGGAUUGUAGACAAAAGGAAGAACAAGAAGGGCAAGUGGGAAUAUCUCAUCAGAUGGAAAGGUUACGGAAGCAAUGAAGAUACUUGGGAACCUGAACAUCAUCUCCUACAUUGUGAGGAAUUUAUUGAUGAGUUCAAUGGACUACACGUCAGUAGAGAAAAGCGAUCGAGACAUGGAAAACAGACCAGUACUACAAAAUUUUUACGGGAAAGCCGAGGGUCAUCUCUUGAGAAAAUAUCACAUAGACCUUCUGAAUCUGGGAAGGCAAAAGGGUCAGCACACAAAAGGAAGAGAAUUAAUCCUUCUCUACAAAAACAGAAACGAGGAUACGCAGCAAAGCCAGCAUCUGCUAAUGACAGGGCUGCUAAAACUGUAACUUACCGAACUACUCCCAGCGGUUUACAGAUCAUGCCACUGAAAAAGCCACAGAAUGGUCUGCAGAAUGGAGAUGGCAGUCAUGAAAAGGAUUCUAGACAUUUUGGGAAUGGCUCACAACAGCAAAACAUGGAUAUAAAUGAUCAUGAAGGAGAGCAAAAUUUGCCCAGCGUGUUGGAAGUUAGUAAUGAAUCGCCUGUUGUGAACGGAAUUGGUUCUUCUCUGGCCAAUGGAAGCCUGAAUCUACACAGCACUGUGAAAAGGAAACUAGAUGGGGAGAAAGAUUAUGUCUUCGAUAAGAGACUGAGAUACAGCGUGCGUCAAAAUGAAAGUAACUGCCGCUUCAGGGACAUUGUGGUGCGGAAAGAAGAUGGUUUCACACAUAUUCUGCUGUCGAGUCAGACUUCAGAUAACAAUGCACUGACCCCAGAGAUCAUGAAGGAAGUUCGGAGAGCAUUGUGCAAUGCAUCAGCUGAUGACAGUAAACUCUUACUUCUCAGCGCAGUGGGAAGUGUAUUCUGUAGUGGCCUAGAUUACUCAUAUUUAAUUGGCAGGUUAUCCAAUGACAGAAGAAAGGAAAGCACUAGGAUUGCAGAAGCUAUAAGGGAUUUUGUAAAAGCUUUUAUUCAAUUUAAGAAGCCAAUUGUGGUUGCUAUCAACGGCCCUGCUCUUGGGUUAGGAGCUUCAAUUUUACCACUAUGUGAUAUCGUUUGGGCAAGUGAGAAGGCAUGGUUUCAGACACCAUACGCAACAAUCCGACUCACUCCAGCUGGCUGCUCAUCAUACACAUUCCCACAAAUUCUGGGUGUUGCACUGGCAAACGAGAUGUUGUUCUGUGGGAGAAAGCUGACAGCACAAGAAGCCUGCAGCAGAGGACUGGUGUCACAAGUAUUUUGGCCAACAACAUUUAGCCAAGAAGUGAUGCUCCGAGUGAAGGAAAUGGCGUCCUGCAGUGCAGUGGUAUUGGAAGAGUCCAAAUGCCUCAUGCGGAGCUUCCUGAAAUCCGGACUUGAAGAUGUGAAUGAGAAAGAGUGUCAGAUGUUGAAACAGCUGUGGAGUUCUUCCAAAGGACUGGAUUCGUUAUUCAGCUACUUGCAAGACAAGAUUUACGAAGUCUGAUGUCUUGGCCUAACUUAAGCAGUAAACGCUCCAGUUGUGAACAGAGUGCAACGUUACCUGUGUUUGAAAAGCAGAGGCAGUGCGUCAUUGAGGAGUUUGUGACAGUGUGUCCUUCUGCAUAUGGUCGUGUCGAUUUCCUUGUGAGCUACACGCUGCUUGUAGCCGGUUUGAUUUCGUGUAAGCGAGAUGUAGGCAGGCUUCUUCAGUGCACAUAUUCUACAGAGGGCUGCAUCCUUCACGUGCUCAUCCAGACAGAAACAUACAUUCCAUGUGCUGAGAAGCACCACUGAGGCCCACUAAGGCACACCAUCUGUAAGGAUCUUUUUUGCCUGUCCUCCUUAACUUACUCCUGCUGUUGCAACGCAUUGGACACGGAGGGCUCAAUCUAAGAACCGGGUCGGCGCAAUAUUCUGUAGACCCAAACACCGUACUUUUGAAAUGGUUUGAUUUUUUUUUUUUUGCUAAGUUCUAACAGUGUAAUGGAAAAAUCUGGUAAUUUAUAUGUAUAAUAUGUAAAGUUAGUUUUACCAAAACUACUAGGAUUUUUUUCUUUGUUGAAUUUAUUUAACUUAUUUAUUUUGUGUUCAUAUUCAGCUGUUUAUUGAUCACAGAUCUUAUUUUCAUACUUCCCUUGACUGAAUUAAUGGCAUCACGUGGGAAUGCAAACACACUUUGAGCAGCAACGUGUAGAAAAACAAAGAAUAUACAGAAAACACACAGAAUGCUGUGGGCACACAAAAAAACAGCCACGUACACACUCCUGCACAUGUAAAAUUGUAUAAAAAUGUAUGAAACACAUUCAUUCGCCACGGUUGAGGGAAAAAAAGUGGAUUCUGAACUAGUGAGAUUCCCCCUAAGUCCCUCUUCACUUCCUGCCUUCUGGAGGAGCACUGAAGGGCUUGCCAACAAGAAGCUUUAUUUAAGUUUACGACAGUCCUGUUAGCCGGAUGUGAGUGACAGGGUGAGCGGUGCCGUUCCGUGGCACCUUACUGUUCUUCAGGUUUAAACAUCCCUUUUUGGUCUGAAGUCUAGAAGCAAACCCUUACGAGCCUUAGUCUAGUUGCCUGAUUCCUCAGGUGUGAGAUAAUUUCUGCUCUGGAGGCCUUUGGGUGUGGGCCAACAGUUUAUACAAGGUGCUAGGCAUUGAGCUAAGCGGAGGGAGAAGUUUCGGGUUGCUUUUCCCGGCCCUCCACAUCUGGCCCCCCCACCAUCUGGCCCCCAGAAUGAACGGCUAUCCAUACAGAGCCCACACGUAACGACUGAAGUCCAACCUGCUAUUUCAGAAUGUGAUCCUAGUACUUUUCAGUGACACUGACUGACUUCUGAACACUGGAUCGAUCUCGUUUAUUUCUUGCUAGUAAGGCAAUUAAUAUGGAAAUGAUUCAAGCAUGCUCUGUGACUCCAGCUGCCAUUUUAGCACGCCCAAACUACCGCCUCCCAAAGCAGAAGCUUUGCACAUUUUUUUGUUUUGCAGUUUGUGCACUUGCUCUCCAUCCUUGAGCUCAUGGCUUAAAUCUCUGCAAACAAGGCUGGGAGCUUUGCUCCCUACAGCCUUUCCACAAAGAGCUUCGACAAAGCCUUUGCAAAAUUAUCUAACAGGUGAUUACAAUAACCCUUCAACACGUUUUUAUAACAUUUCCUGUUCCACAGCUAAUUAGAAGCACUGUUUCAAUGGCCUAAUUGUACCACUGAAUUUUAAGGAAAUGAUCACCCUAAAGGCAGAUGUUCUCGUGGAAAUUCUUCAUUAAAAAGACGAGGCCUGGCUUCUAAUAAACCUGCUUUCAUCUUUCAAGAAAUGCUCUCAAAACCAACAACUCCUGCUGUGCAGUGUGUGCACGGAGUCACCCCGCUGCACCAGAUGAGGGGUUACCAAGUGAGAACCACUCGCACACACAAGUGUUUGCACAAUCAGGCCUCCAGCAGAUGACUACAGAAUCGUAACAAAAUAAUAAAACUUCUACAAGCAAUGAAAAUACCACGACUCCUCAAUUUCCUUUGUUUCCUUUACUCCCGUCCAGAGAGCCAUAACUCCUCGUCACGUGUUAAUAAGAUAUUAGGCAGUUUAUUUCGACACUGUGCUUGGGUUUUGUAGAUAAGUAUAGAGAAACUGCUCAGCAAUGUGAAGGUGUGCUUUCUAUAUGAGAUUUUCAAACGAAGAAGAAUGAUAAGCUGUUAGACCUUUAAACUGCAUCAUUUCAUCUGAUUUUUCAAAUAUCCGUAGCUUACCUUUUUUAUGACAAAGGAAUAGUUGAAAUACAUUUUCUAUAAUUAUUUUUCCAUUAAAGCAAGUGCUAACCAUAGUUAACAUUUUUGAUUAUUCAUAUCUAUACAGCUACAGUCUAGUUUUCAUGAAAUCUAUUUUCCCUUCCAGAAAAGAGUAAUAAUAAUGUCUGAAGCCUCUUUUCCAGUAUUUAAAGAUCAGAAUCGAUUUGCUCUGUCCUUACGAGGUACCCAGACAUUUCGAUGUACUGUACAUAUUAGUCUGGGGACCUUCACUAAUAUUCACAGUAUUUAAGAUGAUAAAUGCAAUUUGUUGUUAAGUAUGUUAUUUUAUUCUCGUGUAAAUUGUUUUGUACAAUCUUUAAAAAUCUACAGUUUUGCAUUUGUAGAUAUUAAAGGUAAGCAAUUUAUUUUGUGUUGUCCUGCAUGUAUAUUUUUGCUGUAGAUAAGUGUUGCUCUGUUUACUAUUUCAGUACAUUUCUGUUUAAAUGAAUAAGCUUACAAACUUUAAUACAGUAUAUAUAUUUUCAGAAUAUAAACUUUUAUAUUUCUGUGGUAGGUUAGGGUAUGCGUUUUAGGCAAUCUUUUUCACUACUAUUAACUGUUCUUUUAAUCUAUAAUAUAAAAUGAUUUUGUGCCAAUAGUUUUUAAUUAGAAAAAAAAAGGCUCUUUUAAUGUUAGGGAUAAACAAACAAUUUUGUUUGGGGUUUGUUUUGUUUUAUUUUGUUAUUUUUUUAAUUAUUUUGCCAGCCUUUAAAGUUUUAAAUGUAAUUUAUAAAUGUAUUGCAUUUGUGAAUAAGCCUUACCAUUAGGUACAAGAAAUCUUUAAAGCUACAUAAUGGCUUAUGUAGUACUAAGGACUUCCCCAACUAAUUGCUGUAAGAAAGUUAGCAAAUCAGAGUACAGGGCCUUAAGUUUUUCUUGUGAAAAGGAUAAUACGGGUUGUUUCCUUCAAACAACAUACUUGGAGUUGUCAGCAUGGGCUUUGUUAUAUUUAAACUGUGCAUUUGUGCUCCCAACCACAGUAGUUUAAUCUCAGGCUUUGUGUGGCUGGGUCUAUAAAAGUCAAAUCUGGCUAAAGCCACCACUCUUUAGGAGACACUAAAGAAGUUUACAUAAGAGACUUAUAGACAAUCUUAAUCAUAGUACAUUUGGGUACUCGGUAUCCUAGAUGUGUUAUCUGUGUCCGCCCAAUUAACCAUAUGUUUUAAGCCAUAUUAAAUCUCUUUACUGCUACUUUAAAUACUACACUGAAAGUCAUUCACUAGCUUGCUUGCUCACAGACAGGACUUCGAUUUUUAGGGAAAGAAAAUAUUAUGCCUUCCAUAAAAACAAAGGACCAAAGAACUGCAUUACUCUAAUGAAGCGUUAGUUCCGUAGCCAGUGAACUCGCAUGACAUUUGUACCGAAGGUCAAAGAGUCUCUUUCUGCUACAAACACUGCAUUCUCAUCUGUGUCAAACGUAAGGGGAAAAGACGUGUCCACUGAGGAUUGGGACAGGAGUGAUGUUCAGCUAGGAUGGCAUGUCUAUUGGUAAGGCUUAUUACCAAACCUCUGAGAUGAAGCAAAGAACCAAAAAUUCACAAAUUAUGUCAAUGUAAAUUUAUUUUCAGAACUUGCACAAGUAAUUAAUUGUAGAACUUCCCAAAUUAGACCCUUAAGUUAUUUUGUCAGAACGCCAUGGAACAGACUAAAACAGUUUCUAAUAUUUGUAACGAUGAGUGCAUAUUAUAAUAUUAUAAGGGUACAGGCACCCCUAUAUCACAGUGUUGUAAAUAUUUUCUGAAACUGGUACAGUACUGAGGGACUUGUAUCUUCUGAUAUAUCAAAUAUUGACUGUCUAGAUCAAAUUGUACACAAUUUAUUUGUUGAUGGUCCUGUAACUAGUGUAUGGACACAUUUCUGGGUGCCUUAGAAGUUGUAUUUUUCAUGUGUGUUAAUAUGCAGUAUUUAUACAUUGUGAGAAGCUGCUUUGAAUAAAAACAUUGAAACUUCA